CGGCGUCAUCAAAACAUGGUCGUACGUGGUAGGACAGCUGGUUGAGAGUCGUUUUGAGCUAUUGAAUAUUGAACUACAAGAUCAUGGACGAAUUAUGGACUUUGAUAUUACUGUCACUUGCAAUGUUGGUGGGCUGUUAUCUUGCAGGCAUAAUUCCACUAGCGUUCACAUUUUCAGAGGAGAAACUGAAGCUGGUGACUGUCCUGGGGGCGGGGCUGCUAGUGGGGACAGCCCUGGCGGUCAUCAUCCCUGAGGGGGUCCACGCCAUGUACACAUCAGGAGAACCCCACCUACAUGCUCACAAUGAGGCGAAAGCCAUUGAGGCAGCCGACGCCCACAAGGAGCACCACCCCAGUGAAGGGGAAGGGGGACAUGACCAUCAUCAUGACCACAAGCAUGACAUGUCAGAGGAACAUUCCAGGAUCGGCAUAAGUCUGGUGACCGGCUUCAUUUUCAUGUUGCUGGUAGACCAGAUAGGAGGCUCACACAUGCAUGGAGCAUCAGAUGCUGAGGCUGGUCAGGGCCAGAUUCAGAACCGGAACAAGAUCACAGCAACCGUAGGCUUGGUCGUCCACGCAGCAGCUGAUGGAGUAGCCCUUGGAGCUGCCAUUACCCUGGCUGAAGCUCACAUCACCAUGAUCGUCUUCAUCGCCAUCAUGCUCCACAAGGCUCCAGCUGCAUUUGGUCUUGUGUCUUUCCUCCUUCACGAGAACUCCGACAGACCACGUAUCCGGCGCCAUCUGCUGGCCUUCUCUGUAGCAGCACCCCUGUUGUGUGUUAUAACAUUCUUCGGUCUAAGUCAGCAAAGUAAGGAGAAGCUGUCAGACAUGCACACGACAGGGAUUGCCAUGCUGUUUAGCGCAGGGACAUUUUUAUAUGUGGCAACUGUCCAUGUGUUGCCAGAAAUACAAACAGAACAUACUCGGACGACUGCCCCCGAUGGAACUGUCAUUGUCAGGGAGCACAAGGGCUUCAGGAAAAUCGAGCUAUUAGCUCUGGUGGCAGGCUCUUUGAUUCCAGUGGUGUUAGCACUGGGACAUAAACAUUGAGAAACACAACCUGUGUUGUAGGGUAUAAUUAUUGAAGAUGAUAGCUCCUCCUUUGUUUUAGUCUUGCUAAGUCAUUUUGAGGUGUUAAAAUAUCUCCUUCUAUUUGUGCCACUAAGACAUCCAGAGGAAUUUAAUAUUGCUUCCAUUAGUCUCACUGAGUCAUUUGGGGGAGUUAAUAUAUAUCAUUGUGUUAUUCUUACUUAAUCAUGUGAAAGAAUUAUUUCUGCCAAUAUCAUUUUUUUAUUUGUGUGAAAACGUUAUUUCAGGUUAACUGUGGUGCAGGUAGUGUUGAUGUGCAGAGUUGAGUCCCUUUGGUAUGUCAGUAUCCGCUGAUGGUAGUUAGAAUCACAGAUUCACUUUGAUAUGAAUCCCUGAUACCUCAAGCUGUAGGUUUUCUUCCUACACAAAGCAGACAUGCUGGUUUUAGAAUGGUGUUCGGAACAGCAUUAAACCCAAUACUUACUGAUUCAUAAUAAUAUUCUUCCUCAGUAAAGGAAAAAUUGUUCAAAUUACCAUAUUUUCUCAUGUUUAGUGUAUAUUUUCCAAAAAGUAAACCUGUGUGGACUGGGGGUCUACAUCUCUACACAAUACAGAAAUAUAAAGAGUUUUUGUACUUUCUUUUUGUUUUCAAAAUGACAAGAGUGUUGAAAGCUUCCUACAUAAAGAACAUCCAGCAGUAUACCUUAAUGCUACACUCGUGGUUGUCAUUAGUUCACAUUUAGACUUAGUUAAAGCUGCAGUGAAAACAAGCUGAUAUUGGAAUAUGUUUUUGAUUUAUGAUGCAUAUUUCGGGAAUUUAUCAUAUUUAUUGAUGACAUAGAAAAGAAUGAAGUUUAUGAAGCAUAAAUACAAAUCAUAACUCAAUCAGGAAUAUUUGACAAUGGUGUAAAUGUUGCCUCAGUGAUUUCGUGUUACCUCACCUGUGAGAUUGAUCAUCAGUGAACAUGCUACACCAUUUACAUUAACACCCAAAGAAUCCAAGUUCUAAUACAGAUUGUUCUGUGUUCGGUAGAGUUAUCAUAGUGUAAAUAAGGCUUGAAUGGAGUGUUGUAAGCAGGUCACAGGAAGACCAGACUGCUAUGACCAUCUCAUCGUGGGUUGGGAGAGAUCAUACCUUAAGGGAUCAUUCUAUAGUAUGCAUCGUCAUGAGUUCAGGUAAAACUGAUAGUCUACCAAACUUCAGUGGCUUUUUGUGGGGUAAGCACAACACCUUGAUGCCCCACCUCAACAUGAGGACAACAUGCGCCCCCAACCCGUCCUCCUUUCUCUCUCUCUCCUGGUUCCCUGAUACAAACACCAGUGGUUACUAGAUAACAUCAA